UGGUUUUAUGCAGUUUAAAAAUGGGACGUCGCUCCUCGGACACAGAAGAAGAGAACAGAAGCAGAAGGAAAAAGAAACACCGCAGGCGUUCGUCUUCAAGUAGCUCCUCAGACAGCAGAUCAUACAGCCGUAAAAAAUCUGGAAGGAAAUCAAGGUCAAGGUCACGAUCUCGAGAUCCUCGUUCUCAUUCUUACGAGAAAAGACGCAGGCACAGAUCGAGCAGUAGUUCUUCAUAUGGUUCUAGAAGAAAAUGCAGUCGUAGCCGAUCGAGGGGCAGAGGCAAAUCCUACAGGUCUCAAAGAUCAAGAUCAAAAAGUAGAACAAGAAGAUCACGAUCAAGACCUCGACAACGUUCUUACAGUGGGAGUAGUGAAAGAUCCAGUCAUAGGAGAACUCACAGCGGGUCUCGUGAAAGAGAGCGGCGUAAAGGCAGAGAGAAGGAAAAAAAAGAGAAGGCAAAGGGAAAAGAAACGAAGCAUGGGGACUCUGGAAACAUCAAAGCUGGAUUAGAACAUCUGACUCCUGCUGAACAGGCCAAAGCUAGACUACAGCUGGUUCUUGAGGCAGCUGCAAAAGCAGAUGAAGCAUUAAAGGCUAAAGAGAGAAGUGAAGAAGAAGCAAAGAAAAGAAAGGAAGAAGACCAAGCCACCCUAGUAGAGCAAGUGAAACGGGUAAAAGAGAUUGAAGCUAUUGAAAGUGACUCCUUUGUUCCACAGACAUUCAGAUCAACUAAAGAAGUCAAAAAGUCAGUAGAGCCUACUGAGCUACAAUAUGAACCUGUAACUAUCGGAGUGGGAACUGCUGAUGCAUCUGCUCCUGAGAAAGAACCACCACCUGCCAAUAUUCCUACUGCCAUCAAAUAUCAAGAUGAUAAUUCUUUAGCACAUCCAAACCUGUUUAUCGAGAAGGCAGAAGCAGAAGAGAAGUGGUUUCAGAGGCUGAUUGCUCUUCGGCAAGAAAGGCUGAUGGGCAGUCCGGUGGCCUGAGCGAAGUGCUGUGACCAUCACAUACCAGUUCUCAUGAAUGCUAAGAAAUCCUGCUACUAGAUUGUUCUAUUUUUCUCUUGUGAGGGGAUUUUAAUACUCACUAUGAGUUGUACAGUGAAUAAAUAUUCAUCUGAAUAAACAAGAAUGUUCUUUCCUCCGUUUUUUUCCUGAACUCGUUGCUGGAGGACUUGUACUGCUGAGCUACCCGCUGGAGAUAGGAAGGCUGUCAGAGCAGUGUCAUUUUCUUUUUUAAUACUGAAUUCCUCUGGGGUGCAAAAAACCUGACAGCCCAAGGAGACAUAAUUUUAUACCUCCCAAUCAAAAAAAAAAAAAUAUAUAUAUAUAUAAAACCAUGUAGAGGUUUAAAGAUAAAUGAAAAAAUAAGACUGUCAAAGAUGGUUCAGAUUUACCAGCGCUCAGACAGCAGGAGUACAAGUGGUAUCACCUUGGGCCAUGACAUCUUCUGCAGCGGGAGGAGGAUUCAAGGCAAAAAAUAUCACUGUUAUCUCUUCUUCCUUCUGUUCUGCAUUGCGGUAGCAGCUUUUGAAUCCGGAACAUCUGUGGACAUCUGUCUCCUUGCUGAGGGGCUCUUCUAAAUUGAUGCAUUCAUCCGCCUGCUCCGGCCUUAGCCUGGUUCCUCACUUCUGGUGGGCUUGAGCGGAAAGAGCUGUUUUACAUUUCCUUGAACAUCUACCCACUACUGUUAGCGUUCAGGAGUAGAUGUAAAGAAAAAAGUUAUGUUAUCCUUUUAAACCAAUCUGUAAAGUUUGCAGCAGGGCUCAGUAAGUGUUAGUUUCAAAGCAAGUGCAUUAAGAUGUUCAAUAAUCUGGAAAAGACAGCUUUCUAUGAACACUUAAAGGGGAAUAAUAUAAGAAUUAUUGUGUGUAAUGGUAUAAACCGCUGUCAAAAGGGACUAAUGGAGUACCUAUUUCUGUACUCAGCGAAUGUUUGCAGUCUACGAAGCUUUUCUUUGUCUGAUGUGUGACUUUAAAAUCGUGCAAGAUUGGUCCUAUUUGAACACCAAAUUUAGCCCAAGCAUACUUACAAAAAAAUAUCUGUCCGUCACCCAUCUAAAUAUGAGAGCUCAACCAAAACAAAUACAAAAGUAUUUCUUUUGAGGUAUCUAGGAUAGCUGUGAGGAAACUCUUCUAUCAGUAGAAGACUAAAUUGAGCCCACACCUCUGGGCACACCUCAUCGGGAAUCACCGGCAUCAGCUUUCCCACAUGAGGGAACAUUCGUAAGGCUUUUGGUUUAGUCUUAUUUUUCCUUGUUAUCCUUUUUUCCUUGGUGGAAGGUAAUGGAGGAUGAUGUGUUUUGGUUGUCUUAUUUUUUUUAAAUUGCUGCUGUAAAAGAAAAAAUUAUUAAGUUUGCAUUCUAACAUAUUUUAACUUUUUCCUUAUGACCACUGUUAGUUUUACUUGGUCCUGCAUUAAAAUGGCUUUCUGUGUUUCAAGACUCCCUUGUCUGCAACAAAAAGUGGCAAAAAACUUGUUUCUCUUGUUUCAUUUCAGCUUUCAAAUGGUAAAUAUUUGUGGUUGUUCUGCUUUCUAAUGUCCUUCUGUGUUUCUUUCAUGGUGAAUAAAAGCUGUUUAAUU